UCACGUGACGGCUGUCGGAAGUAGAGGUCCACGCAGAGAGGAAUCAUGGCUGCCGAGGGGGAUGUAGAGCUGGAGUUAGAAACUGAGGAGAACUGUAGUGAGCGGCCGGCGGAUAAACCGCGCAAACAUGACAGCGGAGCGGCGGACCUGGAGAGGGUGACGGACUAUGCGGAGGAGAAGGAGAUCCAGAGCUCCAACCUGGAGACGGCAAUGUCAGUGAUUGGGGACAGGAGGUCGAGGGAGCAGAAAGCAAAGCAGGAAAGAGAAAAGGAGCUAGCAAAAGUUACCAUCAAGAAGGAAGAUGUGGAGCUUAUUAUGAAUGAAAUGGAGAUACCCCGGUCAGCAGCAGAAAGAAGUUUGCGAGAACACAUGGGAAACGUCGUAGAAGCGCUCAUUGCUCUCACUAACUGAACCUGGUCUACACUGUCUUCUAAUGAUUUCCUAAUCAGCCAAGAGAGCUUUGACUGGAGGAACCUGGAUCUGUAAUGUGGGACAAUGGAGCACCAGUGAAUUUGGGGAAAUACCAACAUCUAGUAGACAUACUGCAGAGGUUGUCCUGUAAAUUUUAGGGUUUGGGGUCAUUUGCCUAAACCAGUAGAUUUGACCCUCUCCCCCCAUAUUGACUAUGAUAGUUAUGUUGUAUAACAGGAGCGGAAAUAGCAAAAUAAAACUAAUUGGCAGUUUGACUUUUUCCACAUUUAGUACACAACAUUGACCAAGUUUAGUCUGAGAUGUGUGAAAUAAACUUCUUUUAAACCCUG